AUGAGAUUAGAAAGACCUGUAAAAGUCUCAGCCUCUGAAGAAAGGAUGCAGAAUCUUCUGACUCCUGAGUCACUGGCUGAGUCCUCCCAGGGCCUAUGGUCUGAGCACCACACCAACCACAUCACAGUGGAUUCAUUUUGGCGAAGAGUCAGGAUGAAUGUCCCAACCCCACCCAGACUCCUGGACCUUGCAAGAACAAGCCUGCUGAGGGAUGAGGACUCAGUCAUUUCUGCUCUGGAGUUUCUACCCAUGGAGCUCUUCCCACCCCUCUUCGUGGAAGCAUUCCAAGGGCGACACAUUGAGACCCUGAAGGCCAUGGUGCAAGCCUGGCCCUUUGUCCGCCUGCCUCUGGGGGCCCUGAUUGACCUGCCUCAUGUGGGGCCCCUACAAGCAGUCCUGGAAGCACUUGACAUCCUCCUUGCCCAGAAGGUUCCCUCAAGGAGGUGCAAACUGCGGGUGCUAGAUUUGCGGGACACAGAUCAUAAAUUCUGGAGCAUGUGGUCUGGAGCCAACAAUCGUGGAUGCACAAGCUCAGGAAGAGCACCAGUGAUUGAACCCAGCUCGAUAACAAAGCAGCACUUGGCGCCAUUGAGGGUUUUCACAGAACUUUCCCUGAAAAAAAGGACCCUGAAUAACUUCCUUACCUACCUUCUCCGGUGGGUGGAGCAGAGAAAAGCUUCCAUACAUCUGUGCUGUAAGAAGCUGAAGAUCUUUUCGAUGUCAAUGGAAAAUAUUGUGAAGGUCUUGAGCUUGGUGCAGCUGGACUGUAUCCAGGAGGUGCAGGUGAAUUGCACCUGGCAUCUGUCCACCCUGGCCACGUUUGCUCCUUUCCUGGGCCGCAUGAGUAAUCUGCAAAGACUCGUUCUCUUCCCUAUCCAUGUAUCUGCCUUUAGGAAGCACGAGCAGGAUCACAUUGUGCAAAUUACCUCCCAGUUCCUGAGGCUGGGCCACCUCCGGGAUCUUCAUCUGGACUCUCCCUCCUUUCUUGAAGACUGCCUGGACCAGAUGCUCAGGUGCCUGAAGACCACCUUGCACAACCUCUCAAUAACUAAAUGCCGACUUACGGAAUCAGACUUGAUCCACUUGUCCCAGUGCCCGAACAUCUGUCAGCUAAAAAGCCUGGAAAUGAUUGGUGUCACCAUGACUGAUUUUAGUCCUGAACUGCUCCAAGUUCUGCUGGAGAAAGUUGCAGCCACCAUCCAGAAACUGUACUUAGACCAGUGUGGGAUCAUGGACUCCCAGUUUGAGGCCAUCCUGCCUGCCCUAAGCCGCUGCUCCCAGCUCAGUUCCUUCAGCCUAUGUGGGAAUCUUCUCUCCAUGGCUGUCAUGGAGAAGAUGCUGCGACACACCGCUGGGCUGUCCUGUUUAAGUCAGGAGUGGUAUCCUGCCCCUCAGGAGAGUUACAGCCCUCAGGGUGUCCCCCUGGAAGGCAGACUUGCUCACCUUUGGACUCAGCUGUUAGAGAUUCUGAGAGACUUAGGCCAGCCCAGGAUCAUCAGGAUUUUCCUAAGUCCCUGUCCUCACAAUGGUGAUGACUUAUGUCAUCAUGUGGAGCCCAUUAUAUACAGCUAUAGUACCCCUGCCUAG